AAAAAAAAAAAAAAAAAAAAAAAGUGCUCGGAAUGUUCGGAAGUGCUUCGUCGUCAAAUACACACGCGACACGUUUUAAUUGCCCUGAAUUGAGCGGUUGCAGCUUCCGGUUUCCUCGUCCUCGCAAAGUGUAAAAAUACAUUCAAAAGAGCCUCACUUGACCGAAACAACAGCAACGAAGGAAAAAAAAAAAAGACAAACAGUAAAGAGCACUCCUCUUUUAUUUUUAUUUUUUAAUCACCAACAGCAACAGAAGAAGCAGCUGGCACGCUAACCUCCCAUUCGAUGCCUAUAGGACAAAAUCAACGUAGAAGACGACGACGACGGCUGACGCGGGGCAGCGUUACUGUCCUUAUUACCGGAUGAUCGAAUAAGAUUUUACCUCGUCCGCAGCAGUGGUUGAUACACACCGGUGCACACACGCGCCCGAGAGCUCGUCAUCGGCGUUUAUUUUCUUUGCGUCUUUUUUCCUUUCAUAUCAGCCAAAAUGAUAAAGUACGUGCGCUUCGUCUUCGCUUUGAUGCUGUGCAUCGCCAACAUGAUAAUCUACGGUUUGAAAACCAACAUGUCAACAGCCAUAAUCGGUAUGGUAAAGUCAAAGAAGGGCAACGCCACGGUGGAGGUCAACGAGUGCCCGGCGUACGUCAACAGCGACGGAGCCCCGGACAUAGACGGGCCCUACGACUGGAGCCCCAUCGAGCAGGGCCUCCUCGUCAGCUACUACUUCGUCGGCUACCUCGUCGGCAUGUUUCCCUCCGGAUACUUUGCCGAUCGCUUCAACACAAAGUGGGUGCUGUUGAUCUGCGUGUUCUUCAACGCCCUGUUCACGCUCCUGGUGCCGGUCUGCGCGGACUCGCUCUACGCGCUGUACGUCCUGCGCUUCGCCACGGGCCUGGUGAGCGCGGCGAACCUGCCGAUCGUCAACGUCCUUGUGGGCAAGUGGGUCGUGUACGAGGAGAAGAGCAUGUGGGUGGCCAUCAUAUACGCCGGUACGUCGAUCGGCACGGUCAUCUCGAUCCUGACCUCUGGCUGGAUCAUGAGCUACAUGGGCUGGCAGAUGAUAUUCUACAUACACGGCACUCUGCCGUUCAUCUGGUGCGUCGUGUUCGCCAUGUUCUUUGCCGAUAAUCCCGAGACGCAGAAGUACAUCACGGAGGAGGAGAGACAGCUGUUGAUCAACUCGUACGGGCAUCGUGGCCUCGGGUCCAAGAAGAUCGACGUGCCGUGGAAGGCCAUCUUCACGUCGGUGCCCUUUUUGGCCCUCAUAUUUACCAAUUUCCUGGGCAACUUUACCUGGUACUUUUUGCUCACUCAGAUGCCCCUCUACAUGAACAAGAUGCUCAGGUUCAACAUCAAAUCGAACGCCACGAUAACCUGUAUGCCGUACUUAUUGGGCGCCAUCGCCAACUCCUUGCUUGGAAAGUUUUUGGACCUCGGCCGACAGAAGGGGUGGUGGUCGCAGACCGUGGCCCGAAAAGUCGCCGUGGGCAUAAGCUGCCUGCCGGCGAGCGCGCUGCUGCUGAUAAUUGCGUACAUCGGGUGCGAGCGCAACGCCACGGUGUUCAUGCUCUGUCUGUGCAUCGUCACGUCCGGGGCCAUUUUCGUGGGCCACCUGUGCAAUCAGAACGACCUCGCGCCCAACUAUGCCGGCAUCCUCAUGGGCAUCACCAACACGCCCGGGACCAUACCGGCCUUCGUUCUGCCCGCCUUGGUCGGCGUGUUGACGGAAGGAGGGCACACGUUCGCUAAUUGGCGCAUCGCCUUUUGGAUAAACAUCGUCGCGCAACUGCUGGCCUUUUCCAUCUUCACGAUUUUCGGCUCGGCCAAGAUACAGGACUGGAAUUACCCGGGUGGCGUGCCACCGACGACCGCGUGAAUCAAAACAUUCCUUAUUUUUUUUUUUUUUUUUUUCCAUACACAGAUCUCGUUCGUUUUUUCAUACGUGAGUGCUUACACUUGUGGAUGUAUUGGAGACGCGUAAAUUUUUACGAGAGCGACGCUGCACAGUCUUCUGCAGCCGUGCGACAUGUCUGAGCAAUAAUAUAAUUGAAAAAAAAAAAAAAUAAUUAUAAUACAAAAUACGAAGCA